AUGGGUGCUAAACUAACCAAAAACAAAAGUGUACCUAUCUUAGGCAAAACUAAAGAAGAACUAACAACAACAGGUGAAAAUAUGGAUAAUCAACUUGAUCUGACAACAACAGCAACAAUUGAAAAUGACAAACAAUCGGAAAAGAAGAAUAAAAAGAAGAAAGAGCCAAAAUCAAAGAAAAAAUCCUCUACUGACACGUUAGAUAAGGGUACGAAUACAGAAAAUUUAAUACUUCCAUCAUCAACAUUCAAUGAACAACUAGUCGGCGAUCAGAUAUCUACAGUAAGCAAUACAGUUUCAUUGGAUACGAAUAUAACUCAAGUAAAUACAAGUUAUCAAACAGAAGUUCCACUGUCCGAUGAACAAGAACUUCCAAAUGCUAGCAUUCUUAUUAGCGUCAUAUCGAUGGAUAGUCAAGUUGAAAAUAAAGCAACUUCUAAUGAACAAGAUGAUCGAGAAAAUAAUUUAACAACUACUGUCGAAUCUUCAGCUAAUACGUCAGUAGCUUGUGCAGGUAUUAUUAAUCAAGUUUACAAUGAAGAACAACAACAACAAUCUGUCGAAUAA